CCACGAGGCAGAAGUCCGGUCACACGUUGAAUGAUGUACUUGUUAGCAGCGAUCGUAACUCUGUCUUUGUCGCACACAACCAAUGCGGCCUGUUGCUUACCAUACAAAAGCUACCUGAUAUCAGGCUCUGGAUUGCAAGCACAGAUGUAUCAUGUCACUCCUCUACUCUUCGCAUUGGACAACUUCAUGAUAGCCUACGACAUCAAAUCUGAGAGGGCUGUACUCAACAUGACUAUUGCGAACGUACUAAACGGUGAAAAAAUUAUAGAAACUAUCUACAUUGACAACAAAAAGAAAACGGAACAUGUGGUCUUUGACAACACAUGUGUUGAAGUACCUGACAUGCUAACAAAACUAAGCAACUGUUUACCACCUAAUGCUAGGAGUGUGGCCAAUGUUACGAUUCAUGGCCAAGUGUAUUGUUCGGUCGUUACAUUUUCCACAUCAGUCGAUUCCGGCUCGCUCGAAUAUCUAUCUCUGACUACCAUGAUUAUUUCUGAAAAUUGUAUUCCAAUGGCUGCUGCCAGUUUUUUCCGAGAAGACAACACAACUGCUGGAAUAGCAUCAGAGAUAGACGGUGCUGGCGUGUUGUUGUACUAUGAUGUCGAAACACUACCCAACCCUGACAUUCUAACACUCCCAAAGAUCUGCUCUAGUGCACAAAGUCUUGAGACAUCUGGAGUUUCCAAGAAUAAGCUCGCAUUUUUUCACAUGAUGGAGGGAGUCGAGUCGUUCGAUGUCUUCACCAUUCUCAACCGUCUUACUCAGAUAUCUUCAGCUGACAAAAAGAAAUCUGAUUGAGUUGGAAAAUGGUGUACUUUGUCAGAAUUCAGAAUUGAAGCUGUGGUUACUGAUUUCACUGUUAGCUUAUUUGCUGAUUUCAUUGCUAGCAUAGCAUAGUUGCUGAUUUCAUUGCAUGCAUGCUCUUUUUGCUGACUAGCUAGGUUCUUUGCACUUGCAUGUUGAUUGAUGAUUUGGUAGUCGAUUUUCAGUAACUAGUAGGAAUACAACUUACUAGCAAAAUGCUCUUCA